AUGGAGGACCCUGCAACCGCUGUGCCAUCAUCGCUCUGGGCUUCCCUCAACAGCUGGUUCACAUCCACCGUCUUCUUUGUCCUCCUUAACCUCAUGAUCGCCACUAUUGUUUUCACAUCUAACUUACCCGACAACAAACACCAAAACAUCCAACAAGAAGAACAAGACCAGAAGAAAAACACCCAUAACAACCGCAACCAACAACAAAUCGCCAGAUCUCCUUCACUCCUCUAUCGUCUCAAAUCCUUCAAUCUAUACCCACAAAAAUCCCAACAAGAUGAGUCUUCAGAGACCCAUUACCACCAACACCCCUUAGAAGUAGCCGCUACACAAUAUGUUUUCGACCAACCUGACUACCAACAUUUCGAAACCAGUUUUACAAAUCCAGGUCAAAUCCAUCAUCAUACACAAGCUGUUGACACGGAGUCAUGUGCCGAGCACGUGACCACCCGUUAUGAUUUCGACCAGAUUCGCCAUGAGACCGGUAGAGAUACCGAUACCGGUUCCGGUUUUGACCCGACCCGACAAGAGACCCGCGGAGACUCCGGGUUUGGUUUCGACACGACCUGGAAUGAAGUACGAAGAAACAACGCGAUUGAUUUUGACCCGACCCGACAAGACGACACGACCCGAAAUGAGACCGGAUCUGUUUUCGAAACGUACGAUGAAGAAGAACACGAGUUCGAGAGUUUGGAUGAGGUGUACAGUAAGCUGAAAACCGGCGGACACGACAGGACACAAUCUGACGGCAGCAUCCGACAAAAGCCACCGGCGAAGAUGAAAAAGUCGGCGAGUUUGAAAGUGGGUUUCACGCAUCCCGAGGAGGAGGAGAUGGUGGAGGCGCGGCGGCCGGCAACCGUGAGAGAGAAAAGGACGGCGGUUAAGGUUGUUGCUGAUGAUGACGUGGAGGUGGACUCACGUGCGGAUGACUUCAUCAACAAGUUCAAGAAUGAUCUGAAGUUGCAGAGGAUUGAGUCGAUGAUGAGAACAAAGGGGGCGACGAAUAGAGGGGGUGGAAAUUGA